UGAAUGAAUUUUUUGCCUUAAACAUUUCUUGGUGCAUGGGGUGCAGGCAGGCCAUAACCCCGAACAAGCCAUCUGUCCCUGGCGGAAACAGGACUGGGCUGCUGCGACCCCCGAGAUGGUCUCCCUGCGACCACCCAGAACACACCGAGCCUGCACUGAACGAGACCGCAAUCGGGCAGAGACUUUGGGAGCUGGACUGUAAAUUAUUGUCCGUUUUUAGCACAACUUCUAUAAAACCUGCUUGGCAUGAGUGGCUAAAUUUGCUGAAGCCUUAGGCCGCACUCCCUAGUACAGUGAGAAAGGGCCCAGAGCUGCUGCAGGCGGGAAUGAUAAGGGCGUUACCAGCAAUUUGCAUUCCUGUGCACUGCUGAAACGGUGCUAAUUGCUGGAGUUACCACCUCUUUGUCAAGACCUUGAGAGAUGAUGGUGGGACCCGAGGAAGGAAGACACACCUAUAGGAAGGAAGGCACACCUGUCUGCAGAAACUGCAACAGAAAAGAUAAGGGAGAAAAGAAACAGCCUGCCUAGGAACAACGAUGAGAUCCAAUAAGGAGCAGGAGACCCCAGACUCAAAAAUUACUAUUGGUCUGAACUACCACGUGGGGGGGUGGGAAACUUAAUUUGAAAAAGCUAUAAUUGCCCAGGGAUCUCUUUGUUCAGGGUCCCUCUUUGGAGGUACCCAACUCGAGCUGUAACCACUGCACGCGUGUCAUUCCGAGCUAACCUAGGGUCGGACCCAACUCGAGUUGUAAUUACUGCACGCACACCACCAAAACUUACACCCAGGGUGAAGAGGAGCCACCUACCACCAGACGGGAGCCCCCCCCCCCCACUGCCGAGACUCCCAAAGGAAGAGGACCAACAGGACGCCGCUGGAUCCACGGGACCAAGAGAAGAAAAGGAAGAGGGCACUAGGGAAGAAGACUUGUCUUAUGUUGAGCCUGAGUGUCCUCGACGGGUACUACCUGUGGUAGUUAUAAUAGUUAUUUUUAUCUUUUUUUUUUUUUGUAAUUGUGUGCUGCGAUCAUAAUUAGCUUUAUUGUUGAAAACACAACAGCCAAGAAUGGCAUUCUUGACCUAUGUUGGAAAGAUAUUUCUUGUCUUAAUAUGCUUAUAUGUGCUAUGGCAAACCUACCACCAGAAUCAGGAUUACACCCAAGGUAAAAAUAAGCGAACUUUAUCAAUCCAAGCCACCCAUGGUUUGGAGGAUAACUUAAUCCUAGCCUUGGUAAAGGGGUUUGCAACUUCCCUAAAUGAAUCUAGUAUUACUGCCUGCUUGCCUAUGCCUAAAUCUGUAGAAGACCCCCUUCCCAUGGGUAUUCUUCCCACAGACAUAGCAGGCAGUCUGCUGAGACUGUGGAAUACCCGGGGUAUCCUUGAAAUAGUGAAUCCUUAUUCCCCAGAUAGAAGGCGAGUUCCCGUGAAAUUUGAUCAACCGUUUAAUUUUUCCACCAUCAAUCGCACAAACUGUACAUAUUACGAAAGAGGUUUAAACGUAACUUUCACCUGCAAUAUGAUCCCGUGGGGAACUACAGAUUUACAACCUUGGGGGCGAGCAACUAAUGUCCUACAGUAUAAUCAACCAAUAAAUACAACCUGGUGCAUUCAAUGGAACAGAGGGCAAGAUUGUCCCAAGAGGGAAAAGCCCAAGAGUAAUUGUGCCUGGUUUGGAUUAGACUAUCGGGGUUUCACGCCAUUCGAACCAGGACUCUCUUUUGCCCCAGUAUCAAACAAGUCAGCGUUGUGGUCUUGCCAAAAUGUAAUAAAUUGCUCUAACUGGAAACAAUAUGGUUGGGUUGAAUACUAUUGGCCAGUUUAUAUCACCUUAAAAAUGGGCUGUUUGUGCCGAAAUCACAGCAUAGCAUACAAAUCAGUGAGUGAAAAUUUUGCACCUCCUAAUGACUGUCAUGUUGCCUCUGGUGACGCUCCGGCUGGUUUGAUCUGGGCCUGCAGUGAUGGUAAUAUGUAUACUUCUUUAUGGGCUGGGCUACCUGACCUCCAAUGUACCUUGGGACUCCCAACAUUAUGUCCUGUGUGGAAACGGACUCCUAUCCGACCCCACUGGAUAUCCCGCAUGAAACGGGCAAAAAUAACACUGGACGGAGAUGUAGAAGGGUGGCAAGACCCAGGGGUAGCCACCCGCAUAGCCUGGGGAAUGGAAGGAUUCUGGGGCUUUGGGUCUGCUACCACGCGAACGCGAAUAUGGUUAAGUAAGUUAGCUUAUCAAGUAGGAAAACUAGCUAAUGCUACUGAAGCUAGUAUACAGUUGCUUAAUCAGCAACUGCAAGCCACAUCAAAAAUGGCUCUUCAAAACCGCAUGGCACUAGACUUGAUGAUGGUACAUCAAAAUGGGCUUUGUGGUUACUUAAACCUCUCCAGUACUGAUUGCUGUAUCUAUAUCCCUAAUGUUACACUGGACCUUAAUGACCAACUAGAAAGGAUACGACAAGUGGCAAAAGACACCCGUGAGCUCCAAGAAUCAAUGAAUUCUAAUUGGCUUUCAAAAAUAUUUAGUUGGUUUGGACUCAGUGUCACUGGUUGGAUUCAAAGUUUGAUACAAUAUGUGAUAAUGUUUAUUGCAGUUGUGAUUAUCGUAAGCAUAGCAAUAUCCUGUGUAAAAUCAACUAUAAUAAAAACUGUUAACAUACGAAUGGUCCAACUGACUAAUUAUGCUCCCCUACCAAAGGAGGAGGACGAGGAGGGCCUAAUCGAUGUCCCUAAGGCUGAAAUAGCAAUUUAAGACCAGGCUGAGGAACCUUUUUAACUCACGGGGUGGAGUGCAUGGUUACACACGGAAGAAUGGCGAGGAGAUAGGCAAUAGAGAUCAGGACAACUAUAAUCCAAAUAUUUUUUGUAAAGAAACCAUAGGAGGUACUCUGUGAUUUGCUAUAAUGAUAUGUUUAUCUAUUCUGUAAAACUGGUCCUGGUGACCCACCGGAACUUAGUGGGUAGAAAACAAUAAAACGCGUCAGGUGACUAGAGUACCCAGGCUCAAACCACGCAUGCGCCACAACGGCCAUCAGCCUUGGCAUCAACCACGAGGGCCGCAGUCAACAAUCCCCAACCAUCCUUGCGACGCUGGAGCCCUGAGGAUAACAGAAAGAGGUACCCCCCACACACGCCCCGUCACAACUUGGACGACAGAUACAUCGGUGGAUUAUACUAGAAGAAUGGAAAAGAAGAUGUUAUACACAGCUAUGUUAGUUCAUGUUGCAGUACUUGUUCUUUGGCUAUUGCUGUAACUGUUCUUUUAAUAUGCCCUUGUUUGCCUCACAAUUGUCAUUGUAAAGGAUCACCUUUCUCCAAUGACUCCCCAGAGCCAUAGGCAAAUCCUCAAACUUUUCCUGGGACACAUUUUGGUGUGGUUAUUUUUAGAUAUGUUAUUGUUAGCUUUAGAUAUGUUAAGAUAUUGUUCUUUAGAUAUGUUAUUGUCAAAAGAAGUUAUUGUUCAGAAAAUUGAUUAGUUUUGGACAUAUUAUUGUUAAAAGUAGAUAUUGUUAAUAAUUGUUCAUGACUACUGUGCGCACUUCUACUAUUUCUAUACUUCUUUCUGAUCUCUCUCUCUGUCUCAUAUCACCACUGUGGAUGAAGGCCAUGAAGACUUCAGGAAGGAGACGUACCAAUCAAUGUUUAAGUCACGGGGUGGUGUGGCGGACAGAUGAAUGAAUUUUUUGCCUUAAACAUUUCUUGGUGCAUGGGGUGCAGGCAGGCCAUAACCCCGAACAAGCCAUCUGUCCCUGGCGGAAACAGGACUGGGCUGCUGCGACCCCCGAGAUGGUCUCCCUGCGACCACCCAGAACACACCGAGCCUGCACUGAACGAGACCGCAAUCGGGCAGAGACUUUGGGAGCUGGACUGUAAAUUAUUGUCCGUUUUUAGCACAACUUCUAUAAAACCUGCUUGGCAUGAGUGGCUAAAUUUGCUGAAGCCUUAGGCCGCACUCCCUAGUACAGUGAGAAAGGGCCCAGAGCUGCUGCAGGCGGGAAUGAUAAGGGCGUUACCAGCAAUUUGCAUUCCUGUGCACUGCUGAAACGGUGCUAAUUGCUGGAGUUACCACCUCUUUGUCAAGACCUUGAGAGAUGAUGGUGGGACCCGAGGAAGGAAGACACACCUAUAGGAAGGAAGGCACACCUGUCUGCAGAAACUGCAACAGAAAAGAUAAGGGAGAAAAGAAACAGCCUGCCUAGGAACAACGAUGAGAUCCAAUAAGGAGCAGGAGACCCCAGACUCAAAAAUUACUAUUGGUCUGAACUACCACGUGGGGGGGUGGGAAACUUAAUUUGAAAAAGCUAUAAUUGCCCAGGGAUCUCUUUGUUCAGGGUCCCUCUUUGGAGGUACCCAACUCGAGCUGUAACCACUGCACGCGUGUCAUUCCGAGCUAACCUAGGGUCGGACCCAACUCGAGUUGUAAUUACUGCACGCACACCACCAAAACUUACACCCAGGGUGAAGAGGAGCCACCUACCACCAGACGGGAGCCCCCCCCCCCACUGCCGAGACUCCCAAAGGAAGAGGACCAACAGGACGCCGCUGGAUCCACGGGUGGUGAUAUCUUUCUCUCUCUCUCUCUCUCUCUCUCUCUCUCUCUCUCUCUUUCCCCCUCUCUUUUGUUGAAUGUUGGUAAGAUCUGUUUUUUGUCUAGCUAGUUGCAGUAUUUGCCAUUGAAUUAUCCUAUUUGACCACAUGCCUUAUCUUUGUGUUAAUAAAUCUUAAAACCGG